GUAAUGUGAAUAUCAUUAGGCUUUCGAAACUUGCCAUACUAUAAAUCUGUAGGUUAUCGGAAGAAAGGUAAGAUUCCUGUGUCCGUCUCAUCUGUGGUUGACAGGAAGAAGCGACAACUUGAAGAAGAAAAAGAAGAUGGCAAACCAAGACACUUUCCUCUUCACCUCGGAGUCGGUCGGGGAGGGACAUCCGGACAAGCUGUGUGACCAGAUCAGCGAUGCCAUUCUGGACGCACAUCUGAAAAAGGACCCGAAUGCCAAGGUCGCCUGUGAGGCCUGCACUAAGACGGGUUACAUCAUGGUGUUCGGUGAAGUCAACACCACCGCCACCAUCGACUACCAGACUGUGGUGCGUGACGUCAUCAAACGUGUCGGCUACGACCACAGCGACAAGGGGUUUGACUACAAUACGUGCGCAGUGAUCCAAGCUGUGGAGCAGCAGUCCCCUGACAUCGCACAGGGUGUGCAUGAGAAGCGGGGAGCCGAGGAUAUCGGGGCAGGGGACCAGGGUUUGAUGUUCGGUUACGCUAGUGACGAGACCGAAGAGUGCAUGCCGCUCACGUGCAUGUUGGCGCACGGACUGAACCGUAAGCUGGCGGAGCUGCGCCGCGAUGGCACCUUCACCUGGCUCCGGCCCGACACUAAGACACAGGUGACUGUUGAGUACAGAAUGAGCGGCGGCGCAUGCGUGCCGAUCCGUGUGCACACGGUGGUGAUGUCAGUGCAGACGGAUGACGUCGUGACCUUGGAUGACCUUCGCGAACAGCUGAAGGAGAGGGUGGUGAAAGCCGUCAUCCCGUCACGAUACCUGGACGACAAGACCAUCUACCACCUCCAGCCUUCCGGGAAAUUCAGUGGAGGACCACAGGCCGACGCAGGUCUGACUGGACGUAAGAUCAUCGUGGACACCUAUGGCGGGUGGGGCGCACAUGGCGGAGGUGCCUUCUCCGGAAAGGACUUCUCCAAGGUGGACCGCUCUGCUGGGUACGCCGCGCGCUGGGUCGCCAAGUCCCUGGUGAAGGCAGGCCUGUGUCGCCGUGUGCUGGUGCAGGUGUCCUACGCCAUCGGCAUCUCCCACCCCCUGUCCGUGCUGGUGAAUUCCUACGGCACCUGUCAGGACGGCAUGACCGACGCACGUCUGCUCAAAAUCGUCAACAAGAACUUCGACCUGCGCCCUGGAGUCAUCGUCAGGGAGCUGGGACUGCAGCGUCCCAUCUACGAGAAGACCGCCUGUUACGGCCACUUCGGCAGAAUGGACCCCGACUUCACAUGGGAGCAGCCCAAGAAGCUGGACCUUAACGUGUAGACAGGGACAACUUCACAAUGUAGCCAGCCGUGAAAAACUAACAUGUCAAUAUGCAUAUAGACUUCACGGGCAGAUUGUGAUUGUUCUGAUAUAAAGCUGUAAGCGUGGAGUGUUGAUACUUCCGUGGGAUCAUAGGAUACAGUUGUUUAUGAAAUAAAUAUCAAGUAAGGGUGGCUUACCUGUAGCCUAUAGAUGAGUGGGCAGCUGCUAUUGUUGGGUAGUUGAUGUGCUAUACAGCAUUGCAAUAGUUUAUAGUUCUUGUUAUGCAUUCGUUUAGUUUUCUGUCACCAUGCCUUGAGCAAUUCACGCUCAUAUUUCCAGACAUGUUUAAAACGUUGCAUAUGAAACACUGCAUGUGUAUAAACCAGGCGGAUGUCGACAGAUUGUUACUGUCCUGAUGAGCUGCUAUUCUGCCCAGACAUUGUAAAACUGUACCAAAUGUCAAAUGUGGAAUGUUGGUACUUCCGUAUAUAUAUAGGAUUUGAGUUGUUUGGGAGUACAUUAGAGGGUGGCUUACAUGUAAUCUACGGUUGAGUGGGCAGCUGCUAUUGUUUUGUAGUGUUUGAAGUUGAUGUGUUGUGCGGUUUUAUUACUACUUAGCAACUCACAAACACCUUUCCAGAAAUCUUUGAUGAUACAUAGAAUCCACCGCAUAACUUGAGUUUGUAUAUUUAGCAGACAUACAUGGUGGUUGGAAUCAGAGAUUGUUGCCUUUUAUUAUGGGAAGAAAAGGGCCCAGAAAUGAUAAGAAAUUGUAUUAAAUUAGAAGACAUUA